UCGCUUUUCGAACGAAGGAAGACUUUACAGGUUAUGAGUUACGUUGUUUUGGUUUGCAACGAAAUUUCCACGUUUGUUUUUAUAUUUUGUAGCGUUCAGCCAAAUAUUAACGGGGAAAAUGCCCGAAACUGCGGCCAAAGAGCCCUCUGCUGCAAAGGCACCGAUGGUCUACAUUUGCGGAGAAUGUCACAGUGAGAACGAGAUUAGGCCUAGAGACCCAAUUCGUUGCAGAGAAUGCGGAUACCGUAUAAUGUAUAAAAAACGGACCAAACGAUUGGUGGUAUUCGACGCUAGAUAAGGAAAGCACCGCAGAAGCUUUAUUUCUAUAGCCUAGUAUAGUAUUUUAAUUAAGACAGUUAUUAACUGAAGUGCCUGAAGAA